UCUCUCUCACAGGUGUAUGUGAACAAUGAGUGGGUGACCAAUAUUGGGGAGGGGGGCAGCUUUGGCGAGCUAGCCCUGAUCUAUGGGACCCCCAGGGCCGCCACGGUCCGAGCCAAGAGCAACGUCAAACUGUGGGGCAUCGACAGAGACAGUUACAGGAGGAUACUCAUGGGAAGCACUUUGAGAAAGCGUAAGAUGUAUGAGGAAUUCCUCAGCAAGGUGUCCAUUUUAGAGUCUCUGGACAAGUGGGAGAGGCUGACGGUAGCUGAUGCUCUGGAGACCGUUCAGUUUGAGGACGGACAGAAGAUCGUGGUUCAGGGUGAACCUGGAGAUGAGUUCUUCAUCAUCCUGGAGGGUUCAGCGGCCGUGCUCCAGAGACGGUCAGAGUAUGAAGAGUUUGUGGAGGUGGGCAGACUGGGGCCCUCCGACUAUUUUGGUGAGAUCGCCCUGUUGAUGAACCGUCCCCGUGCUGCGACCGUGGUCUCCCGCGGCCCUCUGAAGUGUGUCAAGCUGGACCGGCCGCGGUUCGAACGCGUUCUGGGGCCCUGCUCAGACAUCCUGAAGAGGAACAUUCAACAAUACAACAGCUUUGUCUCUCUCUCAGUCUGAGUCCCCCUUCUAUCACUCUAUCCCUCCACUCCUUCUAUCGCUCCACUCCUUCUAUCGCUCUAUCCCUCCCCUCCUUCUAUCCCUCCACUCCUUCUAUCGCUCUAUCCCUCCACUCCUUCUAUCCCUCCACUCCUUCUAUCGCUCUAUCCCUCCACUCCUUCUAUCGCUCUAUCCCUCCACUCCUUCUAUCCCUCCACUCCUUCUAUCGCUCUAUCCCUCCACUCCUUCUAUCCCUCCACUCCUUCUAUCGCUCUAUCCCUCCACUCCUUCUAUCCCUCCACUCCUUCUAUCCCUCCACUCCUUCUAUCGCUCUAUCCCUCCACUCCUUCUAUCCCUCCACUCCUUCUAUCCCUCCACUCCUUCUAUCCCUCCACUCCUUCUAUCGCUCUAUCCCUCCACUCCUUCUAUCCCUCCACUCCUUCUAUCGCUCUAUCCCUCCACUCCUUCUAUCCCUCCACUCCUUCUAUCGCUCUAUCCCUCCACUCCUUCUAUCCCUCCACUCCUUCUAUCGCUCUAUCCCUCCACUCCUUCUAUCCCUCCACUCCUUCUAUCGCUCUAUCCCUCCACUCCUUCUAUCCCUCCACUCCUUCUAUCGCUCUAUCCCUCCACUCCUUCUAUCCCUCCACUCCUUCUAUCGCUCUAUCCCUCCCCUCCUUCUAUCCCUCCACUCCUUCUAUCCCUCCACUCCUUCUAUCGCUCUAUCCCUCCACUCCUUCUAUCCCUCCACUCCUAUCGCUCUAUCCCUCCACUCCUUCUAUCCCUCCACUCCUUCUAUCGCUCUAUCCCUCCCCUCCUUCGCCCUCUGGCUCCUCCCUCCUUUGCCCCCCCCCCCCGGCUCCUCCCUCCUUCCAUAACAACGGGUUCCACCAAUGAUCUGUUUAUUUUCUUCAUGUUUCUAACCCUCCAGCCGGGACUCCAGAUCACUUGGCUGGGACUUUGUUGUUGAACUGGUGUUAUUGUAUUCGCUAUGAACCCAGAUUCAUUUGAUUUGACACGUAUGCAGUGAACUCUGUUGGAGGGCACAAUGUUUCUGUAGUAUUUUAAUGUCAACUAUGAAGACAGGAUGAGUUGUCUCUGGUGUUCAGACGGCAACAGGUUAGGGAGGGUUCAAACGUGACAGAGGGUUCCGUUCAGACCCAGGGUUCCGUUCAGACCCAGGGUUCCGUUCAGACCCAGGGUUCCGUUCAGACCCAGGGUUCCAAUAGAAUUACAAUGCGGUUCCAUUACUGUUCACCCAGUGUUCUCUCUGACACCGGGUCAAAACUAAGACCUUGUAAUGUGUGAACUAGACACACCAUGAGUCUGUCCUGGUUAGGAUCCAGAAGACCUUGUAAUGUGUGGACUAGACACACCAUGAGUCUGUCCUGGUUAGGAUCCAGAAGACCUUGUAAUGUGUGAACUAGACACACCAUGAGUCUGUCCUGGUUAGGAUCCAGAAGACCUUGUAAUGUGUGGACUAGACACACCAUGAGUCUGUCCUGGUUAGGAUCCAGAAGACCUUGUAAUGUGUGGACUAGACACACCAUGAGUCUGCUCACAAUGGACAACACCCAGGGGCCAUGAUGUCACAAAGAAAUGGUCCUUUGUGACUUGUAAGGAAGAGAGAAGGAUUGAAUUGGAACCGCAAAUGUGUCAUGACAUUAAGCAUAUUGUGUCAUGACAUUAAGGAUAUUGUGUCAUGACAUUAAGCAUAUUGUGUCAUGACAUUAAGCAUAUUGUGUCAUGACAUUAAGCAUAUUGUGUCAUGACAUUAAGCAUAUUGUGUCAUGACAUUAAGGAUAUUGUGUCAUGACAUUAAGGAUAUUGUGUCAUGACAUUAAGGAUAUUGUGUCAUGACAUUAAGGAUAUUGUGUCAUGACAUUAAGGAUAUUGUGUUGUGAUAUUCUUAAUGUCUGGGACAAGUCUAAAGUGACUUAUGGGGGAGGGGGGGAGACCAUCUUUAGAGAAAUGUUGUUUUGAAUAGAUUUCCACCAAAGGCUGAUCUGUGUUCUUAUACUUAACUUUUUAUAGUUGUUUUCUGGAAUGUUCUUUGAGGGUACUAAGAAGCUGUGGUUUCUACACCAUGAGGUUGAGGGAGGCUGUCCCAGGUCCAGUGGUGUGGCUACUCUCUCCCUAUUGGAAGUUUUUCUAUCUUUCUCUACCCCCCUUUCUCUCCCUUUCCCAUCUUGUUUCCCCUCUCCCCCCCCCCCACCCCCCACCCCGGUCGUUGGGAUAGAUCUUAUAGGUGUCAUUGUGUCUGGGCGUGUUUAAAAUGCUCCGUUCAGGAAAGGGAAAACUUUUAGUCUACUCUGCCUGUUUCCUGGUCACAGAAAGCAGAACAUCAAGUUACUCUGACCAGGGUCAAGUUGAUCAGUCUUAAGGGAUGUUCACUAUUUCACUCUGUGCUACGUGUCCAUUUAGCUUCUAAAUAAGAGGUUUUAUAACAGGUGACGGUUGUGAGGAAAGCAUGUUACAACUCAACGCUGAUUCAACCUCCUCUAGUUGAAUCAAGAAUGUGGACCGUUCUGAUAUCAACUCUGGUUGGUUUAAUAGUAGUGUUUCAUCCCGUGGAUGGUACAUGUCCAGUGUCAUCCAGCUUCCUAAACACCUCCCAUGUCAAAAACAUUGAUAAAGACAGUGGUCUGUUUCUGAAAACAGCUGUUUUUCCACCCCUUCAUUGAAGUGUUAGUUACAAGACUGAACCCUCAUUAUAAACUGUCUUUGAGAAGUGCCUGGUUGCGUUCUAUUGACACUCUCUUAGAAUUCACAAUUAGAACCAGAAGGAUUCCGGUUCCAUACCAUCAUGGAGUCGAGUGUUUUCAAUGUUUGGGGUCUAACAUUUAUCUAACCAUUUUUAGUUUGAACCUUUUUUUGUUGUCUUUUUUUGAAAAACCCAUGUUUGUUCUAAUCCCAAAUACAGUAUAUUGUUGUCAACUGGACAUUUGCCAUUUUAGAAUUUUGAUGAAUAUUUUGUAAUGUACUAUAUAGUAUAGCGUUAGCGUAAGACUCCCUUCCCUCUCCAGCAUAACGCUAUCCAACGUGUUACUGCUGUUAUUUUCAUGGAAAUUAUAAAGGAAUCCAUCAAAACUGUGAUGUAUAGAGAUUUGGAUACAAAUCAGUCCUGUAUAGACUAGUCCUCUGAAAGUAACUGUUGAAUCAAUCUGUUGUUAUGGACGUGUGUGUGUGUGUGUGUGUAUGUUCCAAAUGGAACCCUAUUCCCUAUAUAGUGAACUGCCUUUGACUAAGUAGUGCACUAUAUAGGCACUAGGGGUGCCAUUUUGGAGGCAUGCAGUGUUUUAUUUCACCAUGGUGUGUUGUCCUGGAUGAAGCGUUUCCAGCUGAACUAGUAUCAGGCUGGAAUGGACAUGGCCUUGCUACAUCUCAUGGUUGAUGGAUUUCUGCUGUUUUUACAUUUUUACUGUUCAACUGUCCUUGGUGUAUUGUGUGAAUAAAUUUGAUUUUUUUUUAUUUGUCAGGCUCUGUGCGUGUCUGAAAUGCCACUCUGUUUCCUAUAUAUAAAGCCCCAUAGGCUUGGGUCAAAAGUAGUGCACUAUAUAGGGUGUCAUUGGGCUCUGGUCAAAAGUAGUGCACUUUAUAGGGAAUAGGGUGCCUUUUCAGACACACACAGUGUAUCUAGUUGAUGCCCUGCACCCAAUGUUGAAAUAAUGUUAGUUGAUGGUUUUCUAUGUUCUCUCAUGGAGGCCACAGUAAAAUUAAGUAGUAAGCUAUUAUAGGCUACUGCUUCUUGUAUAACUUGCCGACUGAAGUGGUUGAUGGUCCUCAUGAAUCCCUAGUACAUCUGAUGGGGGAAGUCCAGCAGUGGGAGGACUUGGAGGGAAUCUAGAACUCCAGCAGUGGGAGGACUUGGAGGGAAUCUAGAACUCCAGCAGUGGGAGGACUUGGAGGGAAUCUAGAACUCCAGCAGUGGGAGGACUUGGAGGGAAUCUAGAACUCCAGCAGUGGGAGGACUUGGGGGGAAUCUAGAACUCCAGCAGUGGGAGGACUUGGAGGGAAUCUAGAACUCCAGCAGUGGGAGGACUUGGGGGAAUCUAGAAUGGGUGGCUAUUGUCCUCUUUCUCACAUACUGAUUUGAUGCGUUAAGUUCCAAUCAGAGUCAAACACCUUUCUAUCCCUUUUA